CGGGACAGACAGAGACACUCCUACGCGUUCAGGUCACUGAAGGUGGACGAUCCUCGCCGUCCUUCUGUUCCUUUUUGCCAGGAAGAGAGACAGUGACUAAAACCGCCAGCCAGACCGAACGACACCUGGGGACUUUCAACGGAACGAUUCGUGGAAGGACGGACUGAAGUUGGACAAAGUUUUUGUCCGCGGGGGAAAUGAGCGUGUCGUCCGCGUGAUAAGAGCAAAACGAGAGGAGAGAAGCGGCGAUUUGUUUUUCUUCAGCAAGAGACACGGAUACAUGCCGCAAACACAGCGGUCGCGCACGAGCUUCAUUCGGGGCUGUGGCGAGCAGACCGGUUUGGAUGGGCGCGUGUGUGAUAGCAGGAGCUGGCUAAGGCACGUCCAGAUCUCUCCAUCCACCCACCAACACAACCUCACAGCCUGCCAGAUACAUGAGCAGAUCUUUUACCGUGUGGUCCGAGAGGUCCAGCCGGGUGAGGAACUCUUACUGUUCAUGAAGGCUGAGGAGUUUUCAUGUGAGACCAUGGCUCCAGACAUACACGAGGAGCGUCAAUACCGUUGUGAGGACUGUGACCUGAACUUUGAGUCUGGUUCAGAGCUGCUGGACCAUCAGAAGCAUGCAUGCGGUACCCCGCCUUCCUCCGGCUUCAAGCUGUCUAAGCAGGGUCUGCCCAGCACCGCAGACGAUCCUGAUCUUGAUCUGCUGCACUUACACACUCACCCCCUGAACUUACCCCGCUUCCCACAGGAGUGUAAGGAGUGUGAGCAGGUCUUUCCUGAUGCCCAGAGUCUGGACACUCACUCUCUGUCUCACUCCGAUGAGAGGGAGUAUAAGUGUGAUCAGUGUCCAAAGGCAUUCAACUGGAAAUCAAACCUGAUUCGCCACCAGAUGUCACAUGACAGCGGCAAGCAUUAUGAAUGUGAAAACUGCUCAAAGGUGUUCACAGACCCAAGUAACUUACAGAGGCACAUCCGCUCUCAGCACAUGGGGGCGCGAGCUCACGCCUGCCCCGACUGUGGCAAGACAUUCGCCACUUCCUCGGGCCUUAAACAACACAAACACAUCCACGCUUCCGUCAAGCCCUUCAUAUGUGAGGUCUGCCACAAAUCUUACACACAAUUCUCCAAUCUAUGCCGCCACAAGCGCAUGCACGCGGACUGUCGCACUCAGAUUAAGUGCAAAGACUGCGGCCAGAUGUUUAGCACCACGUCGUCCCUAAACAAGCAUCGGCGCUUCUGUGAGGGUAAAAAUCAUUUUGCUGCUGCUGCCGGAGGAUUUUUUGCCCAGGGCGUGGCCCUCCCUGGCACCCCUGGCCUAGACAAGUCCGCACUGGCUGGAAUGAGCCAUGGGAGUCCUAGUUUAGCAGACUAUUUUGGGACGAACCGGCACCAUGGUGGACUGACAUUCCCAGCAGCACCUCCAGCAUUCCCAUUCAGUUUUCCAGGGCUUUUCCCAUCAGGACUUUACCACCGGCCCCCUAUAAUCCCAUCCACGUCACCCAUUAGCGGCCCUCUGAGUGGUGAACUACGAAAGAGUCCGCUGCUGUCCUCACCCAUCUCUGGGUCGCAUGACCUCUUGAAGAGUUUACACAAGGAUUCGUUCAACGGGGAGAGUGAGAGCAUGGAGCGUCAGAGGGAAGGAUCUGUCUCCAAACCGAGGCACGGCAGGAAGAUGAGUGACCAGUCGGAGAGUAGCGAUCUGGACGACGUCAGCACUCCGAGCGGGAGUGAGCUGGAAAGCACUUCAGGUUCAGAGUUGGACAGCGAAGCAGAAAGCGACCGGGAACGGGUGCGAGUGCGGGAGAACGGGAAGGGCCCGAAAAGGAAGUCAAGUGGGUUCAAUGAUGCCCAAAGCCCAACUCUUGUCAGCUCCAGUAGUAGUAGCAACACCAAUAAUGGAAAAGACUUCCCUGUGCCGGGGCUCCUUCCAUCAUCUUUGGACGAGCAAACGGCUGUUUCCGGUGCCGUUAAUGACUCGAUAAAGGCAAUUGCCUCCAUUGCUGAGAAAUACUUUGGUUCUACUGGACUUGCAGGCAUGCAAGACAAAAAAGUUGGGGCAUUGCCAUACCCUUCCAUGUUCCCUCUGUCUUUCUUUCCUGCCUUCUCUCCAUCAGUCUAUCCGUUCCCUGAAAGGGAGCAACUUAGACCUCCAGGCCACAAAGGGGAACCAGAAAGCCCUCUGAUUGAGGGUAAAAAACUUCUGGGCAGAAACGCUGAAUCACCUUUUGACCUCACCACCAAGCGGAAGGUAGAACGUCUUGCAGCUACCUGCACCCCUUUGAAACCGGAAGCCUCACACGUACAAUCAGCCAAUCAGGAUCAACCGCUGGACCUAAGUCUUGGUGGACGAAGUCGAAGAAAGAGUGUAAGAGGGGAGGAGUUAAAAAAGAACCCUGUCUUUGGUGAGGAGAGGGUAGAACCGGAGCCACCUAAGGCCGACCCUUCACUCCAACAUGCAAGACCUACACCUUUCUUCAUGGAUCCCAUUUACAGGGUUGAGAAAAGAAAGAUGAACAAUCCUUUCGAAGUCCUCAAGGACAAGUAUAUGCGGCCGGCUCCUGGAUUUCUCUUCCACCCACAGAUGUCGGCGAUCGAAAAUAUGGCCGAAAAGCUGGAAUCCUUUGGCUCUUUGAAGCCAGACGCCGGUGACAUCAUGCAUUCCGUUCCCUCCAUGUUCGACUUCCGGGCUCCGCCCACCACCCUUCCUGAGACACUGUUACGCAAAGGCAAAGAGCGCUACACCUGCAGAUACUGUGGCAAGAUAUUCCCACGCUCGGCCAACCUUACAAGACAUCUACGGACACACACGGGAGAGCAGCCUUACAGAUGUAAGUACUGCGAUCGUUCGUUCAGUAUUUCGUCGAAUCUUCAGCGUCACAUCCGUAACAUCCAUAACAAAGAGAAACCCUUCAAAUGUCAUCUUUGUGACCGCUGCUUCGGGCAGCAAACCAACCUGGACCGGCACCUCAAAAAGCAUGAGAACGGUAAUUUAUCAGGCACGGCAAUGUCGUCGCCCCGUUCAGAGCUGGACAGUGGUAGUGCCAUCUUAGAGGACAAGGAGGACUCGUAUUUUAACGAAAUACGGAACUUCAUCAGUAACACAGCACAGAACGCCACAUCUCCGUCACACUCUGAGGAAGGGCUGAACGGCAGUCAUUUUGAUGGCGACAAAGCCCUGCCUGGUCAGGGGUCACGUGACCUGGAUGAAGAAGAAGGGGAGGGGCUUGGAGCAGAGGAAGAGGAGGUGGAGCAUAGCGACAGUGCCAGGAAACCUAGCGGGGACGGCGUGCCUAGCAGUCUGGAUCAUGACAUAAAUGAUGACAUCGAUUUCGAGGGACCAGAUGAUCUGGAGAUGAAUAGCAAAUCCUCGCCACGAAGGUUUAAUGAGGAUGAGGAUGAUGAAGAUCACAGCAGUUUCUCCACGCUGGAUCACAUCCGUCACUUUAGUGUGGAGGAUGGAGACCUCAGCGACAGUGAUGUCACCAGCUUUGGUCCCGCCCACCUUCAAGAAGGCAUCAAGCAGCCUCUAUACAGGAAAUCUAAGUCACAGGCAUAUGCUAUGAUGCUGUCUCUAGCUGAUAAGGAUGCACUCCAUUCGUCUACCCAUAAUGCCCCGAUGUGGCACAGCUUGGCCCGCGCUGCAGAACCCAGCGCCAUUCAGUCUCUCAGUCACGUAUGACACGCCCAUGUACCAUGUGACCUAACUUAACAUUGUGUUACACUUCUGCCAGAGUCCCUGGUCCACACUCACACCUGCACAAGUGCCCAGAUCCUCAUUCACUUCCACCACACACACACACCCAGAUCCUGUGCAUAGCAGCUCACUGUCCAACAAAUGAUUGAUUGACUGUUCGAUUGACUUGUUGAUCGAGUUCAGUUUAUAGGAAUGAUAUUAGUGUCAGUAAUUUUGAUGGUGAUGAUGACAAUAGUAGUAAUACGUAAUAAUAAUUGUAUUUAUUCUGCCAAGUUCCAAUGUUUUGCACAGCAGUGGCAGCUGGUGAACAGUUUUUGAGAUUGCUAAUGAAAAGUCGGUGUCAUGAUUGUGAGUUUUGUCCGCUAAAACCGAUGGUUACUAAGAGUAACAAAUGAGAGUCUUCCACAAGACAAAUGUGAUCGCAAACUAUUACCGCCUACUGGCCUGUAAAUAUCUUUAGAAUUAACGCCAUCACACACACAAACAAAUAAACGCAAAUACAGACACGCAAAACAACCGUGUUUUUCAAGCAUUUUAUCAGUUUCCUUUAAGUCUUGUACAGAAACGUACAAGUUUACAAACUUAUGCGAGGGGUCGUGGGGUUAGCGUUUCUCUUUUAAGAUAUUCUCCAGGGGUUUGGGAAUUGAAAAAUGUAAACAGAUACACAUAAAAGGUGUGACCUUUAGACCUCUCACUGAUGCUGCUUGUAAAAAAAUGUAAAAAAUAAAAAAGGUGUACGGAGCGAGACGGUGACUAUUUUCAAGUUCUGUCAAAUUAAAGCACUGCAUUACCUUCAACCCACUUUCUCGCCAGUUUGUGCGAAAACAUGCUCUUUUUAGUUCGUUUCUUUUUGAAGUUGGAAGAGUGGUUGUAAAACAAAUGCUAGAAAAGGCAUUUUGUUUUUAGUUUUUUUCUAAAUUGAAAAUAAAUUAGUUUAAGAACUGAAUCUGUAGAACUCGCGUAAAGGGCAUUUUAUCAUUUCCACGGUAACCUUUUCCAUUAGUUGGCGAAUGAUACCACUAAAUAGCCUGAAUGCUAGUCUUUAGCUACACCGUCCUUGUGUGUCUUUCAUUUAUAGACAAUCAUGGGUUCCAUGUUUUAAUUUUUUUUUUUCCUCUUGUCGUUUGUUGCUUUGUCUCACUUUUUUUCUUGGUUGAUGUCCUCAAUGUUAUUGCCGUGUAUCUUGAAAGUUGUAUUUAUUUCUCUGCAAACUGUAGUUUGU